CCUUUCCCCGCAAAACCUCGAAUUUUGAAGGGGACAAAGCAAACUUGAAGAUUGAAACACAACAUCUCAUGCAUGGAUUUUACUGACAUUGACCCCUCUGAGAUAACAUUUAAGCGAAAACUUUUCAGCUCAGAAUUCUCAGAAAUAUUCCUUGUUCAUAUUCAUAACAAGAUAUGUGUAAUGAAAGUGCAUCAUGACAAUGGGCCAGUCCAGCCCGCACCUCCUGAGCGCGAAACAAACCUUCACAUCUGUGAAUCAACUGCCUACAGACAACUAAUGAAGCACAGCCUUUGCAACCGCGGAAUUGUGCCUCAGUUCUAUGAGACAAUGAAACAGAUGGACUUAUCACACUAUCAACCUCAUCUGAAGAUGUUUCUUAAUGACAAGAAUCCUCCUAGUGCCAUCCUCUUGAAGUAUAUUCCAAAAAUGAAGAUGAUCUAUCCUCACAAUUUUACAAAGGAGUGGGGAGAGGCUUUGAUCUGUGGCAUCCAAGAGAUUCACAGAGCAUUGAUUCUGCAUUGCGACGUCAAACCAAGGAACAUGAUGAUUGUCAGGAAUGACCCUGAAAGAGUGGUCUGAUUGGACUUUGACAGAGCUCAGACCUAUCACGCAGAUAGCCUUACUGAGAGACAACAAGGAUUUAUUGAGGAUGAAGAGCUAAUGAUGUCUCAACUUGCAGAUUCACUAGAAGCUGAUCAUGCACGAGGCGAGAUUGCUGAGACUUAUCUCUACUAUUGCACCUAGCCAAUUUUCUCUGCAUUGGGAUAGGAAUGCACUUGCGGAGAUGGUGUGAUAACCUUUCAGUACUGCAGUGUGAGGAAUAGCAUUCAAUGAUUGAUGGAAAUAUUGGUAGAUCAUUGAAGGGGCCAUAGUUUUUAAAAGUCCAAACCAUGAACAUAGGGUCUGGUGGCUCAGGAUGGCGACUCUGUAAUUUUAUUUUUUUUUUUUAAAAAAAAAAAAAAAAAAAAACUUGGGCCUCGUUCCUAUCAAUAUUUUCAACAAUUUUGUGGCAGAUUGUCUCCGUCGACAUCGCUAAACAUUGCCCUGGUGUGGCUGUUAUCGUUUUCAUCUUUGACUUGGCAUCCAAACUCCGGGAUGUGCUAUAGAAUCUGGUGAGGAGGGAAAUUCGUUUGGGGACAGCAUUCUGUGAGGAUGCUGGGUAUUUCCACUGCAUCCGCUUGCAUCACCCAUACAAAUGACCCGAAUUCCCGCCCAAACACCCAAGUAGCCCGAAGGUUUUUUUGCGAUUACCGGUCUCAGAGGGUCCAUAACGUCCAUUAAAAAGCUCCUGAAAACCAAUAUACCUUUGGACUGCGGCCACCUCUAGAUAUUUAUUAGUGUUCAAACUUAUUCCCAUCUUUUUUCAUGAAAUAUUUGCUGGGGCUUAUAUAUCCUUGUGAUCAUCUAGCGAUUUAGUAAGCUGUCUAAGUGGAGUGGACAUUCUAUUCAAUUAGAGCUCAACUAUCAUCGCCUCAAUGUAGGAUCAUAUAACUUUUUUGGGCCUUGCGGCAUUCCAAC